GAAUAAAGUGACCACAGCAGACACAACAGACGCUUCCUGUAUAGGGUUUACUUUUGUCGCGCCGCUCGCGUCCAGUGGACAGUGUUCGGUUCAGGGUGGAAUUCAAAACUGCACGUUUACAAAUGCCAUAGCAACCGAGCGGUCAGCUCUUUAAUAUACCGCUGCAGUAGACAUUAUUUUUAUGCACGAAUGUGAAGUUAGCAGAAGGCUGUGCUGCGAUAGCUGGAUAUUGAACACCAUGAUGUGCGCCUGAAGAAGAGUUGCAAAGCAAUGAUGUCAUAGUUUUAAGUAGGAGCCAUGGGAGAGCAUACAGUUCGUACCCGCUACCGAAAGGAAGUGUUGCUUUGUUAUGAGCAGGCGGCGCUGUAGCUGGCGGAAGAGAAGGUCGCCCAGCCCAGUGUCUCUUCGCCUGGAAUAGAGAAGCCGAGGAGAAAGACGCGAAAACGGUGAGAAGAUAAAGCUGCUACAAUGGCCGCGAAAUCCGACGGGGUGCUAAAGAUGAAGAAGAGCGAUGUAGCAUUUACGCCUUUGCAGAAUUCAGAUCACUCGGGUUCGGUUCAAGGGCUCGUUCCGGGAUCGCAGCCGGAUUCUGGAACCGGAGAGGCGGACUUCGUCAACGGGGAGCCGCGGUGCUGUGGCUCAAAUUCGACAUGUCUCCGCCUCGGCAGUGAGCAGCAGAAAUACACGGUCUGUGACUGUCUGUGGAUCCUCGCCGCAGUGACGGUGUAUUUCGCGGAUGUGGGCACUGAUAUUUGGCUUUCGGUCGACUAUUAUCUCCGCCGCGACUACUGGUGGUUCGGGCUUACGCUGUUUUUUGUGGUGCUCGGCUCGUUCUCCGUGCAGGUCUUCAGUUUCCGUUGGUUCGUCCAUGAUUUCGGCACCGAGGAGAGCUCCGGCGGCAGCGCGGCGAACUGCUCCCACAUGGACGGGAAGCUGCUCAGCUGCUCCGCUUCGCACGGAGACGUAGGAGCCCACCCGUCUACGCCUCAAAGACAGGCGUCCACGGCGAGCAAGAGCAACACCACAAGCAACAGCAGCAACAGCGCUACUGCAGCCCGGACUAGUAAGACACGCUCAGCGUCCUGUUCCCUCUGUAUCUGGCUAUUGCAGUCCGUCAUUCACAUCUUACAGCUGGGACAGAUCUGGAGGUGAG